GUACUGUCAAAAACACCAACAAAAAAAUCAAACCGCGCAACAUCCGCUCCAUGUACGUAACUUCCGGUCGUCGUCCACCGUGUGCUAGCAAUGGCGUCCAGUACCGAGGAGAAGAGUACACCCACCGAGCAGGAGCCGACUGAAAGUAUCACGUCAUCGAAGAGAGAGGAGAGACUACGUAAAUUCCGAGAGUUGCAUUUUAAACGGAAUGAAGCACGCAAGCUUAAUCACCAGGAAGUUGUCGAGGAGGAUAAGAGACUGAAACUACCCUCCAACUGGGAGGCUAAAAAAGCCAGACUGGAGUGGGAAGUUGCUGAAGAUGAAAGGAAACGGGAAUGUGCUACAAGGGGUGAGGACUACAACAGAGUGAAACUCCUGGACAUCACAGCUGAUGAUGCAGAGCGGUGGGAGAGAAAGAAAAAGAAGAAAAACCCAGACACCGGAUUUGCAGGUUAUGCUGAGGCACAAUUCAGACAGUACCAGAGGCUCACCAAGCAGAUCAGACCCGACAUGCAAAACUAUGAGAAACAGCGAGAAGAAUGUGGUGAGGACUUCCACCCCACAGCCAAUAGCCUGAUCCACGGCACGCAUGUCCCGGCCCAGGAGAGCAUUGACCGGAUGGUGGAAGACGUCGAGAAACAAAUUGAGAAGCGGGCCAAAUACAGCCGACGCAGGCCUUACAACGACGAUGCAGAUAUUGACUACAUUAACGAGAGGAACGCCAAAUUCAACAAGAAGGCCGAACGCUUCUAUGGCAAAUACACGGCAGAGAUCAAGCAGAACUUGGAGAGAGGCACUGCUGUCUGAGUUGUCCCAUUUGUGGAUGCGUUUCAUUAUAGGUCAUGAAAAUAAGUGGCUUAUUGCAUGUGUUUUUAUGUACAGUUUAAGAAGUCGCUUCUCACCCUUACUUUUUAAAUAAACCACUUCUAAUGAUCCAUCAAUAAAGAA